ACAUAAAUCAGCCUAAGCAUAACUCAUUCACUCUAACUAUACCAAAAAAAUCAAAAAAUGUUCUCUCCCACUCCACUUUCCCUUUUCUGUGCUUUAUUCCUUUUCUUACCCUUGACCUUUGUCGUCACUAAUAAUAUCACCACCACCACCACCACCGCUAAAACCACCGCACCCAUCUCCACCAUCACUAGUCGGCGUUCUCUAGAAACCAUUUCUUUGAAAAAAUAUCACUCUACUCAAAACCAUCACCAAAAACUAUUAAUCAAAACUGUAAUUCCACUUACACCGCCGCCGCCGCUCCCGGAAGAUGACCGGUCGCUUCUAAAAUUGGCGGCGAGAGUAAAUCCGAGACCUCUAUUACAUCCUAAGAAAGUAGCCUUCUUGUUUCUGACCACCACUCCACUUCAAUUUGCUCCACUGUGGGAACUGUUUUUUAGCCAAGCUUCAAAAAAUCUGUUCAACAUCUAUAUCCAUGCAGAUCCAACUCGUACAUACGACCCGCCGUUUUCCGGUGUGUUUUUCAACCGAGUUAUCCCUUCUAAACCUACUCAACGCUACUCCCCGACCCUCAUCUCAGCGGCGCGUCGUUUACUUGCGCACGCGCUUUUACAUGACCCUUCUAAUGCUAUGUUUGCUAUUCUCUCACCUUCUUGCAUUCCUCUGCACUCUUUUAAGUUCACUUAUGAAACCCUAAUCCGGUCGAGGAAAAGCUUCAUCGAAAUACUGAAAAACGAGGAACGGACGUUCGAGAGAUGGGCGGCGCGUGGAAUGGACGCGAUGCUACCGGAGGUGAAACUGGAGGAUUUUAGAAUGGGGUCGCAGUUUUGGGUGCUGACACGUAAGCAUGCGAGGAUUGUCGUUGAUGAAGAGAGGAUAUGGUUAAAGUUUAAUCAAACGUGCGUGGAGAGACACGCGUGUUAUCCAGAGGAGAAUUACUUUCCUACCCUUAUCCACAUGAGGGAUCCACGUGGGACUGUGUCGGCCUCUUUAACCCACGUGGAUUGGGAAGGUAGUUUCGACGGUCACCCGCGUAUGUACGAGGCGGAUGAGGUGGAACUAGAGCUGAUCAUGGCCAUGAGAAAUAGUAGACCUAGGUAUGGUUACGAUGGAAUCAACGGCUCAGAUUUGCCUGUGACGAAACAAAACGAUCCGUUCUUGUUCGCGAGGAAAUUCUCUCCUGAGUCGAUUGAAGGUUUGAUGAGUAUAGCAAAGGAGGCAAUUUUAAAGGAUUAGGAUUAGGAUAGAGGGGGGUGAAUGGCAUUGUUGUAAAACAUAAGGUCCUGUAGUGUCAAAUGUAUAAAAGAUAUGGGAACUUUUGUAAUAUGCCAUGCAAUUGUACAAAAACCUUCAAUUUUUGGUUUUA